CAUGUGGUCGCGCCGUGUAAACAAAUCGUUCUAUUUGUUCAUGACCGUGGAAGCAACAAAUGAAAAAAGUAUGUGAUACAAAGACCGUAAAACAUAUCAGAUAAAAUAGAGCGUUUGAGCAACACAAGUAUCUACAACUGGAUUAUAUUGUUGGUUGUCAAGAAAAGUGAGGAAAAAUGGCGGACGAAAACGAAGAUCAGUGGUUAUACGGAGAUUCAACGGAUGGAAAAGAGUUAUCUCCGACAAAUGUUCAAAUUGAAAAUCAACAAAAUGAUUCGAUACCUAUUAAUUCUCAAGAAGCAUCACAGAUUUUGGAAGAAAAGAAAAAUGAUAAUAUUCCAGAGAGAUUACCGGAGAUGUCAGAAAAUACAGGUUCACCUAGAGAGGAAUGUUCAUUGAAUAAUAUGCAAGAUGAAAAUGAUCCUGAUGCUAGUAAAAAUGGUACAAGAGAGGCUUCUAGUCAAGAGGAUGGAGAAGCUGCAAGUGAUUCAGAUUCGGAUGACGACGUUCAUGUAGUUAUCGGUGAUAUUAAAUCGACACCGGCAUAUGGUAGUUUAAAUAUUAAAAGAGGUGGUUUACUUACGACUGCGUCAGGGGUACCAGAUAAACUGAAUAAACAACCUGGGAAAUUUAGUAUAGAUGAAUUUGAAACAAUUGGGGUUAUCAAUGGAAUGCCAGCUCAUGAAUUUAAUUUAGAUCAGUUAGAAGAUAAACCAUGGAGACAACCUGGUGCGGAUAUAACAGACUAUUUCAAUUAUGGUUUCAAUGAAGAAACUUGGAGAGCUUAUUGCGAAAGACAGAAAAAAAUGAGAAGCGAGUCUGGAGUAGGUUUGAUACUAAAUGCAGGGGGAGGUGGAAGUAAUCCAGGUGGUAUGCGAGUACCGCAAGUAGCAAUUACUAAUGAUAACAGUAAAUACUCUGGUAUCAUGGGACCAAAACGAGCUGGACCACCUCCGGGAAGAAAAAUGGCUGGCACUAUAGAUGUUAUAGGAAGUUCAGGCUUAGCUUCUAGAAGGAAUCUUGAUAAAUCACCGCCUAAAGGAAACGUAAUACAAGUGAUGACAGCAGAUAGAAGGGAAUAUUCAAGAAAACCAGGUUUUCCAGAUAUGAGCGUUCCACCACCGGGAGCAGGAUUGCCUCCACCAUUCGAUAUGCCACCUCCCGGAUAUCCUGGAGAGCCAGCUCCUUUCUAUAUGCCUGAGACUGAUCCUUACUAUCAAAGUUACGAACCUACUCAGGAUAGUCAAUGGGGUAACGACCCAACCUGGCAACCGACAAAUUUAGCCAUUCCAAUGACAGAAGGUGAAGAAGAGAAAGAUAUAGGUCCCAAAACGAUACCCACAAUGGUACCACCGAUAUCUAUUCCACCUUUGAUGCCACCUAGAGAUCAACGAGAUAUUCGAGAACGUGAGAGGGAUAGAGAUCGAGAUAGGGAACGUGAAAGAGAUUUGGACUCGAUGGGUAGGGAGAGAGAAAGGGAAAAAGAAAGGGAGCGUGAUCGUGAAAGGGAAAAAGAUUCGAUGAUCAGAGAUCGUGAUCGAGAAAGAGACUCCGUUGCACGAGACGAAGAAAGAGAUCGCGAUAGAUCACGAUCGCAAUAUCGACAUAAAGAGAGGCAUAGGCAUCGUUCAAGGUCACGAUCUCGUAGACACAAAUCGCGAUCGCGAAGUCCGAGUAGACGUAAGAAGAAAUCAAGACGCUCCGACAGGGAACGUUCUAAGGAAGAAAGCGAAUAAAUAGAUAUGUAUGUAUAUAUAUAUAUGUAUAUAUGCAUAUACAUAUAUAUAUAUAUUCAUAUACAUAUACAUAUACAUAUACACAUAUACAUACACGUAUAUAUAUGCAUGAGUAUGUAUGUAUAUAAAUAUCGUUGUCCAAUUAAACAGAAAAAUCGACGAUCGAAGCUAAAAAGUUUCAUACUUUUAACAAAAUCUUUUUGGUGAUAAUCCAUACUCGCAAUAAAUCUGUAAUUUCUUGAAACUCACCAUGAUUGCUAUCUCUCUCUCUCAUGGUUCUUAAUUAUAAGCAAAGGUAAUGAUCAAUUGUGAGCGAUAAUAAAAUAAAAUUUAUUGAUAAAAACAAAAAAA